AUUCUUUUCCCUCUUUUCACGCACUCCCAUCAUCUCUUUUCUUGAAUCCAUUUCAUUUCGUUUCAAUUCAUUACAUUUCGUUUCGUUUCAUUUUAAUUCCUUCACUCUCCUCCCUCCAAAGAAGUCAACCUCAUUUCUCUUUUUUUAUUUAUUUUUUAUUCCCUUUUCUCACUUCUCACAGUCCACAACAAGAAACAGAUAAAAACUUUCCUUCCUCCCCAUUUGUGGACAAAGAAAAGAGAAAUUAAUGACCGGACGACAUAGUCGUAUGUCCAGCGAUGCGGACCGUGAACGUGACCGCGAUCGCGACCGCGAUACUUCAACGGCAGCAGCAGCAACAUCAACAAGCUUCAUGACCCCAGCUCUUUCUCGUGCAACUCCAAUUAUGCCUCUAGGGAUGCCCAUGACUCGUGAGGCUAAAGAGUCUAGAGAACAAGCUCAGGCAUGGGAUGCAUCUCUCAAUAGGAUAUUCCAGGCCAUGCAAGGCGAAGACACUGCGAAGUAUCUGGCUUAUUUCAAAGCUCGUCUCGAGAUUGAAGAAGCGUACACUCGUGGUCUAGAGAAAUUGAUUGCAAGUGCUAAAGGUAGUUCCAGGAACACGGGAGCCAAUAAUAACAACAAUAAUAACAAUAAUAACGGUAAUAACACACAAGGGACAGGACAAGCAGGAGCAGGAGCAGGAGCAGGUACGGGGCAAGGAAGCAGCAUCAACGGAGGUAAUGGUGAUCCAGAUGAAAUCCCAACGACAUUACACAUGGCUUAUAAUUCUCUACUGGAAACAACGCAGCAGCUGUGCAAGCGACGCCAGCCCUUUGUCAAGCUUCUCAAGAACGUUAUGGGCGCACUUGCUACGUUAAAGGAGAGCCAUGAGAAACAGCGCAAAGGCCAUAAGGAGGCUGCUAGACCUGUUUUCCAACUGUAUGCAGAAACUAGGCUUUCUACAGUCCCAAAGCUCAAGAGAGCAUAUGAACAGCGAUGCAGGGAUGUCGAGCAGGUUCUUGCUAUGGAGGACAGUGACCAUCUUCCUGUACGUGAGAGGCUCAAGAAUUUGGCAAGCUCAACUGGCGCCGCAGGGCGACUUGUCAAAAGUAGGCGGGACUUGGAGGAAGCAGAUAAUGAGUACAAGACGGCUGUGCAACAAUUGGAAGCAUUCCGUGUACAACGUGAACGUUACUUUGACUCUUCAUUCCAAAGCAUGCAAAAUAUGGUCAGAGAGCGUGGAAUGAAAUGUCAGGAAUGUCUUAAAGCCUACGUCACUGAAGAACGCAGGUUGAUGGAGGGUGCUAAAGAGGACAUGAAUCGAUUUUCGGUGAUGGUGGAUUGUAUCAAGCCUGCAGGAGACACAGAACAGAUCAGCUUGACCUUCACAAAGGACAUCAACUCACAUCCCAAACCAGUAUAUUAUGAAAAUUACUAUCAAAAGGCUCCUCCAGAGGGUGUUUUCGGACUCAGUCUGACAGAGUAUGUCCGGAAGUAUAGACAUCCAAUUCCAUUGGUAAUUGUCAAAUGCUCUGAAGCUAUUGACCGUGUUGGAUUACGUCGUGAAGGGAUCUAUCGAGUAUCUGGACGACACGCGCAGAUCAUGAAUCUCAAAAAACAGUUUGAAGCGAAUGAAAACGCUGUGGAUCUAACGGACGCUGUCAGUGAAGACUGUGCCUCCAUUGCAGCAGUCUUGAAGAUUUAUCUCCGCGAAUUACCCGAGCCUUUGUUCCCUUUCCCAUUGAACGAACGUAUUGGUUACUCAGGCAUCAUGGAUAAAAAUGCUAGACUUGGGGAGUUAAAGGGGCGGCUGAAACGGCUUCCAGAUUGUAAUAUCGAUACUCUACAGUUCUUAAUUCGACAUUUACGCAGGAUUUACGAACAUGUGGAAGACAACAAGAUGACACUUGACAACCUUUGUUUGAUCUUUACGCCUGCUAUUUUCCACGAUUUCAACAGUGCCAUGGUCCCGGGGCCUCAGGCUGCAGGAGGAAUUAAUCAACAACCAGGAGACUUAUCGUUGACCUCUCUAUCAUUUGCACCGGCUACUACGGCCGGUUCACCUGGGACACAAACAGCACCAUGGUCAGGAUAUCCAUCAGAUCAACAGAAUCUGCAACAACAAACUCAGUCGUACCAUCCACCGCCCCAAUACUCUCCCCAUGGCUCUUCACCUUCAUCACCGAAGGCGAUCUCUGACGCACCUCCAGGGUAUCCGCCAGUGACAGGAACCCACAACGGCGGAACUAGUGACAACAAGAAUAAGGGCUCAGCAACAGGAGGCGCGACCGCUGUGUCUCAACCACAACCAUCAGCAGCUGGCACGAUAACCUCACCAUUAUUGAGCACCGCUCAACCCGCCCAGACCACACAAAUAAGUGCUGCAACCAGUAACUCUACGACGACGGCCACCACUACACCAUCAUUUCAGCCACCAACUAACACAGUUUCGACCGCAGCGAGCUGGAGCAAUGAUAUGGUUCUGUCAGAUUUAAUUAUCAACAGUGACACUAUUUUUAAUGUCUUGCCCAAAUUACCUUCUCGUACCAACUCAGGGAUGAGCUCUCUCUCAUUGGAGGAUCAACAAAGACUCUCUGUAGCGACUUCAGCGAGUACCUAUUCGCUUCCUCGUCCAUAUGACGGCUCUCGAAAGUUAUCCAGCGCUAAUUUGGACCGCAACACCAAUCUUGCCUCCCCCACUGAAGGUGGCGGCGGUGGAGCAGGAAGACAAUUGAUGCCAAGAUUGGAUAGUCUAGCAGCAAGCACUACAACGAGCCAUCCCCGCACAUCACCACUGCCAUCACCCAAUACAAUGGAACAUUCAUCUUACCCAUACCAGCCUCCGCCUCCACCUCCUCCUCAACACCAAUAUCAGCAGCAACAGCAGCAAUCAUAUCAUCCCCCACCACAUAUGCCGCCUCAAUAUCAUCAGAAUAACGAUGGAUGGCAAGGGAAUACUGGACGAACCAACUCCCCACCUUCACCCUCGUCAUUAAAAGCAGAUCAAAUGGCUGCAGUAGGUCCCACACGAUCAAGAUCGAACCAAGAUUUGCAACAAUCAUCCCAACAGCAACAACAACAAUAGCUGUAGUAAGGGUUCAAAUGUAGAUUAUUUAGAUGAAUGUAUUGUGAACAAAAGAAUAAAAAAAGACAAAG